AUACAAUAGAGUUUUACACUUAUCUAUUCAUUACUGAAGAUUAUGUAAUGAAAGCCAUUUUGCAGUUUAUACAUGAUGUGCAUGAGUGAGCAAUGUCGGUGUCAUCUUUCCAGAAUAUAUUCAUAUGUAAACUUUUGCACAGAUGUCUGUUUUGUGCAUUUUAAACAUUGUAACAUUAGUCGAGUUUGGUGACGACUAUUAAGAAGGAUUUGAGAACGAAGUAAUAAUUUACUAAGUAAUAAUUUACUGACUGGAGAAAAUGUGUGAUUCUGACAGGCUUGUAUUAAAUGAUACAACAAAGACGCUAGACAAUAUCAAAGAGGAUUAUGAGACAAAUGAUGAACGCCUUGAAAUUAUUACAAGCGAUCGUUAUGACGACAUUUAUGAUGUCAUUGAAAAUCAUUUUAUUCCAGAUGAAUCUUUAUGUAGGGCGUUCGGUGUAAAGUGGCAUGAGGAUUUCAGAAAAAUAAUACACGGUUUUCUCGUUCAAAAUAUGUCUGUAGGCUUAUUUGCAAGAGAUACAAAUGAAUUAAAGGGGGUGAAGAUUAUUGGUGUGAUGAAGAAAAGUGACCCAACCGACAACGUCACAAACAUUUCUUACGAGCCAUUACGGGAAAUUUUCAUUUUUCUAACAGACCAAGCGUCCGGUUUGAAUUUCUUUGAAAGAUACAAAUGCAACAAAGCUGCAUAUUUCUUUGCAAUAUGUGUGAAGCGAAAUCACCGACGUCAAGGGAUUGCAGGACGUCUUACAGCUGCCGCUGUAGCAAUGUGUAAGGAGCUUGGUUUUGAAGCACUUUAUAUAGAAGGAACGUCAAAUUACACCCAUAGGAUUUGCGAAAAGCAAAACUUUGAAAAGUUGCAUACAUUGCCGUAUAGCAAUUACAUUUACAAUGGACAACCUAUCAUAAAUGGUACAGGGGAGCACAUCAUGACUAUCAUUUAUGGCUUGAAAUUCUAAUUAUGUCAAUAAAUUUGUCACAGAAUACAAGUGGUUUUGUAAAAUAUUACUCAGUCUAAAUUCCAACCAUCUUCGGUGUUACAGAAAAGUUCGAAUCGGAGCAAAGUUACACAAUGAAUGAAAUUUCUUUUUUGAACCUACUAAGGUUAUGAUCAAAAUGAUUGACAAGGAGAACAAUUUUCAAGAAGAGCAAAUUGCGUAUGGUCAAGUUCGUACAUACCGGUUAUCAAAUCAGAUUUAGACAAAGUUUAUGAGGGUUGUACAUUACAUGUACAUGCCACAGUUAGAAAAUGGGCCCGUUGUUAAAUCUGAUAGAACAGAUAUCCAGGAUUACCCUAAUCUGGCUGUCCCGAAACAGCAACAUGGUGUUGCUACGGUAGCAGCGGCUGCAGAGGAAGAUUCCCGCUAUAAAGCGGAGGUGAUAAGUCGUCAUUAAUGAAGCAUUAAUUCGUCAUAGUUUUUUUUUUAUAUAUUCUAAAAGACACUUUUGAAGUUGCGCCCGGUGAAUACCCCCACCCUCACUGCUGACCAAAAGAGGGAGCGUUGUGCGAAUUGCGCCACAGCUUCAUCAUAGGUACAAAGGUGCUGGCCGAAAAUGCAUGAAUGAAAUCGUGACAGGUGAUGGAACAUGGUCCAUGGGGUAAGGUAUCGAUAUAUAAAAAUGAUGUAGGACACAAAAUUGUUCGUAGACUUUGUACAACAAAACGCAUCAUGCAUUCACUAUUUUUCGUUGCCAGUUGUAUGCUCAAGUUUCUGUACAGGAAGGCAGGGCUGUCAAUAGAAUCUUUAGACGAGAUUAAAUUUGAGCACUUUCCUUCAGCCCGACCAUAUACCAAAGUGCGGGGAACAAAGCUCAUCUAUGAACGCGACUACCCAUUUCUUUCUUAUUUUUGGAUAAUUAAAACUUUACCACAUCAUACAUACAGCCCUGACACGGCUCCGUGUGAUGUUGGCUCAACUUAUGAAUCAAAAACCGAAGGAGAGGCCGACACUUCGAAUCUCGUCGCGCUUUCGACAACGCAGUUUCCAAUGGCUUAGCAUUAUAUCCAAAGAAACAUGCGCAAUGAAUUUUCCGAGUAGAUGUGGCGUCUUGAAAUGUGCAUCGGCAUCCAGGGAUUGGACUAAUCUUUUACACAGAUAUAUAUAUCGCUAACUACUACAGCUCUACGCUAUUUAAUACUUUUCACAUGCUCCUCGUGUAAAAUAGCUUUACAAGUUUUAAAUACAUGUACUCUUAAAAUGUUUUGUGAGAGAGGAUAUGAUAUGUACUUGCAUUCAAUAGUUUAUAUGUUCAUGAACUUGUUCAGAAAAGAGCAAUUGAAUUAUUGUGACUGCUUCUGAGGAAUUUCCUUAUAACAGAUUUUCUAUCCAUGCCAACAUGAUGUGUCGUGAUGUGUGAGGUCGUUUUACUACCUUAAACAUCAUUGAAAAUUUUCCUUUCUACGACCGGCUGAUUGAUAUUUUAACAAAUACAAAUCAUAAACUUUUUAAAAUAUUAAUCUUUUUUUUGUGUAGUGAUACUUUUUCUAUUGAAUGUACACAUCUGUAUUUAUAGUUUUAUUUAUUACAUAAAACAUUGCAACGGUUUAAAAAAUAUAGCAGAAUAGAAGUACUUUACCUUGAAUUCACAAUAAGCUAGCAAGAAAUGUAUAAAUGCAAAUCACAUGAAUAAUAAUAUAUUACUUCACUUUCAUUUUGUUUAUGACAUUGAACAUGUAAAUACCUUAUUCAUCCUCUGCAAAUAAAAUAUGUUAUUUCACUAUUUGUUAAAUCCCGCGAAAAAUGUGUGCUUUAUGUACAUGUAACUACACUAAGACUUGUAAACAGAGAAAAACAAACUAGUUUAUUCUCUGUCUAUAAUAUCUGAUAUGUCUGAUUCUGGAAAUAAAUAUUUUUAUUCAUCUUUUAACAAAUCUUUAUUCAAGAUUCUUUUUUUUCUAACUGAGGGAAGAUAAACUAGAAUUAUCACUGAAAAUGAAAUAAACCACAUGACCUAAUUAGUCCAAGUUAUUUAGAACAGUAUAGGCAGUAGGAUCAUAUAAACCAACAUGUUGUUGCCCAAAUAUUUAUCAAAUGAAUUUUUGACCUUGAGGGUCAAUUUCAUUUAAAACAC